AUGAGCUACUACGGAGGCUACUAUGGGGGCUAUGGCUCUGGUUAUGGCUGUGGAUGUGGCAGUUUCCAUGGCCUAGGCUAUGGCUUUAGCAGCUAUGGCUAUGGAGGCCUGGGUUAUGGUGGCUAUGGCUAUGGGGGCCUGGGCUGUGGCUAUGGCUCUGGUUAUGGCUGUGGAUGUGGCAGCUUCCGUGGCCUAGGCUAUGGCUUUGGUGGCUAUGGUUAUGGAGGCCUGGGCUAUGGUGGCUAUGGCUAUGGCUGCUGUCGCCCAUCUUGCUGUGGAAGAUAUUAUUCCUAUGGUGGCUACUGA